AUGGCACGGCCCUCCUGAUUCAUUCUGUGUUGGUACAGGCAGCCAGCAGACCGUUCUCCAUGAGGAGCAGUAGAAGAUGCCGGCUCUGCCAGCACUGCUGCUGUCAAUACGCUUCCUCUUCUUCCUGCUAGUGACGAUGGCACCACGCUCCCUCAGUCAGGCUCCACUACUCUCCUCCGUUCGUAUGGCGGCAAUUCUGGAUGACCAAUCUGUGUGUGGGCGUGGGGAGCGGCUGGCGCUGGCCCUGGCCAGGGAGAACAUCAACAGCGUGUUCGAGGGUCCUGCCCGAGCCCGUGUGGAGGUGGACAUAUAUGAGCUGCAAAAAGACUCCCAGUAUGACACCACAGACACCAUGUGCCAAAUUCUACCCAAAGGAGUCGUGUCUGUGAUAGGUCCAGCCUCCAGCCCUGCUUCUGGCUCUACUGUCAGUCAUAUAUGUGGAGAGAAGGAGAUCCCUCAUAUAAAAAUUGGUCCAGAGGAAACUCCCCGCCUGCCUUACCUGCGCUUUGCCUCUGUCACUCUGUACCCCAGCAACGAGGACCUGAGCCUGGCCAUCGGGUCCAUUUUGCACUCAUUCAGCUACCCCUCUGCUAGCCUGGUCUGCGCCAAGGCUGAGUGCCUGCUGAGACUAGAGGAGUUGGUCCGCCGCUUCCUCAUCUCACGGGAGACGCUGUCUGUCAGGAUGCUGGAUGACAACCUGGACCCCACCCCGCUGCUGAAGGAGAUCCGUGACGACAAAGUGGCCACCAUCAUCAUAGACGCCAAUGCUUCUAUCUCUUAUCUCAUCCUCAAGAAGGCGUCAGAGUUGGGGAUGACAUCAGCAUUUUAUAAGUACAUCCUCACCACCAUGGACUUCCCCCUGUUGAGAUUGGAUGACAUAGUGGAUGAGCAGUCCAACAUUGUGGGUUUCUCCAUGUUUAACACCACACACCCGUUCUAUUUGGAGUUCAUCAGGAGCCUGAAUCUUUCCUGGAGGGAGGCCUGCGAUUUGACCUACCCCGGCCCUGCUCUCUCUUCGGCGCUGAUGUUUGAUGCGGUGCAUGUUGUGGUGGGGGCGGUGAGGGAAUUGAACCGCAGUCAGGAAAUUGGAGUGAAGCCACUCAGCUGCACCUCGCCUCAGAUCUGGCAACACGGGACCAGCCUCAUGAACUACCUGCGCAUGGUGGAGUACGAUGGCCUGACAGGACGAGUGGAGUUCAACAGCAAAGGUCAGAGGACCAACUACACCCUGCGGAUCCUGGAGAAACACAGAGGAGGCCACAAAGAGAUUGGAAUCUGGUACUCCAACAACACUUUGGCAAUGAACUCCACCAGCUUGGAUAUUAAUGUCUCAGAGACUCUGGCAAACAAGACACUCAUUGUCACCACAAUUCUGGAGAACCCGUAUGUGAUGCGUAAAGACAAUUAUCAAGAUUUUGAAGGCAACGACCAGUACGAGGGCUUCUGUGUUGAUAUGCUGAGAGAGCUGGCAGAUAUCUUGAAAUUCUCCUUCAAGAUCAAGCUGGUGGAUGAUGGGCUGUACGGGGCCCCAGAGCCCAACGGCUCUUGGACUGGCAUGGUUGGAGAGCUAAUCAACAGGAAAGCAGACCUGGCUGUGGCGGGCUUCACCAUCACAUCAGAACGAGAGAAAGUUAUCGACUUCUCUAAGCCGUUCAUGACCCUGGGGAUCAGCAUCUUGUACCGAGUUCAAUUGGGUCGUAAGCCAGGUUACUUCUCUUUCCUCGAUCCUUUCUCUCCAGCUGUUUGGCUCUUCAUGUUACUCGCCUACCUGGCUGUCAGCUGUGUGCUCUUCCUGGCAGCGAGGUUGAGCCCCUAUGAAUGGUACAACCCUCACCCCUGUCUGCGGGAGCGCAGGGACGUGCUGGAGAACCAGUACACCCUGGGAAACAGUCUAUGGUUCCCCGUUGGCGGCUUCAUGCAGCAGGGAUCAGAGAUAAUGCCCAGAGCUUUGUCGACCAGAUGUGUCAGUGGUGUGUGGUGGGCCUUCACGUUGAUAAUAAUCUCCUCUUACACGGCCAAUUUGGCGGCCUUCCUUACCGUUCAGAGGAUGGAGGUUCCUAUCGAGUCUCCAGAUGAUUUGGCCGAUCAGACCAACAUCGAGUAUGGAACCAUUCAUGGAGGGAGCACCAUGACUUUCUUCAUGAACUCGCGGUACCAAACGUAUCAGAGAAUGUGGAACUACAUGAACUCUAAGCUGCCCAGUGUAUUUGUUAAAAGCACGGAGGAGGGCAUCGCUCGCGUGCUCAACUCCAAGUAUGCCUUUUUGAUGGAGAGCACGAUGAACGAGUACCAUCGAGGCCUCAAUUGUAACCUCACGCAGAUAGGAGGCCUGCUGGACACCAAGGGCUACGGCAUUGGCCUGCCUUUAGGAUCUCCGUUCAGAGAAGAGAUCACGCAGGCCAUCCUCCAGAUGCAGGAGAACAACAGGCUGGAGAUCCUGAAGAGGAGGUGGUGGGAGGGAGGACAGUGUCCUAAAGAGGAGGAUCACCGCGCCAAGGGUUUGGGCAUGGAGAACAUUGGGGGCAUCUUCGUGGUGCUGAUCUGUGGCCUCAUCAUUGCUGUGUUUGUGGCCAUCAUGGAGUUUGUGUGGUCGACGCGCCGCUCAGCAGAGACCGAUGAGGUAUGCCCCCAUACCUGCCCUCGCCGACCUCACAGACACACCCCAGUGUCUGUUUGUCAAGAGAUGAUCACAGAGUUUCGAAACGCCGUCUCCUGUAGGAAGAGCUCUCGAAUGCGCCGCCGUCGGCCUCUGAGCAGCUCGGCGGCUUUACGCCACCCCGCCCGCAUCGCUCUUGGGGCCCCUCGGCCCCUGAGGCUGGUCCGGGAGAUGCGGCUCAGCAAUGGCAAGCUAUACAGUGGAGCUGGGCCCCUGACCGGGGGAGCAGGAGGGACAGGACUGCCGGAGCUGGGCCCCGGGCCCCAGCGGAUCCUGGACGAUCCACUGGGAGCCAACGCCACCCCGCCUCCCCCUGCCCCCACUCCCGUGAUGCUGCCUGCCCGCAGCUGCGCCCAUGUGAGGAUCUGUCAGGAGUGCAGAAGGAUCCAGAGCCUGAGAUCAGGCUGCAGUUUAGGAUCAGCCUCAACGAGAAUACCACCAUCUUCUGCCCCCCUGCCCAGGCUUCCUCUGCCCCCACCCCCAUCUUCAUCUAACACAGACAGCGAGGGUGGAGGAGGAUCCAGUCCGAGGCGGCUACAUCACAACUCCCCACCUCUUUCCCCUAGACGCGUUCUACCCCCACAGAGCAGCAACACCACAGACCUGCUGGGAGACCAGAACUGA